CUGAAUUUGGAGCUAAGUUUUGUUUACAAAGUCACUUAGAACAGAACAGAACGUUUACGACACCUCCUCUUCCUUCUCCCGAAACGAUCGCAUCUUCAUUCUUUCUUCACAUUCUUCCAUUCCAUUCUCAUUCCUAAUGGCUACCAAAGGACGCACGCUCAUGGAGGUUGGACCCGAUGGGGUUGCCAUCAUCACCAUCAUCAACCCUCCUGUCAAUUCUCUUUCCUUUGAUGUAUUGCGCAGUUUGAAGGAGAGUUUUGACCAGGCUAUACAGAGAGAUGAUGUCAAGGCAAUUGUUGUUACAGGUGCAAAGGGAAAGUUUUCUGGAGGUUUUGAUAUUAGUGCAUUUGGUGGUGUUCAACAGUCAAAAGAGCGUCAAAAGCCUGGUUGGGUAUCGAUAGAUAUCAUCACUGAUACAAUUGAAGCGGCAAAGAAGCCCUCAGUUGCUGCCAUUGAUGGCCUCGCCUUGGGUGGGGGCUUAGAGGUUGCAAUGGCGUGCAACACACGGUUAUCAACUUCAACUGCUCAACUAGGUUUACCUGAACUUCAGCUUGGAAUAAUUCCUGGAUUUGGAGGAACACAGCGACUUCCUCGUCUUGUUGGUCUGGCAAAGGCGCUUGAGAUGAUGUUGACUUCAAAGCCAGUUAAAGGGGAGGAAGCUUUUAGUUUGGGGCUAGUGGAUGCUUUGGUAUCACCUGCUGAGUUGGUCAACACUGCGCGGCAGUGGGCCCUGGAUAUUGUGGACCGUCGACGACCAUGGAUGGCUAGUCUUUACAAGACUGACAAAAUAGAACCACUUGGGGAAGCAAGAGAGAUAUUGAAAUUUGCCCGAGCUCAGGCUCGAAAACAGGCUCCUAACCUCAAGCAUCCUUUGGUUUGCAUUGAUGUUAUUGAAGCAGGAAUAAUUUCUGGUCCCCGUGAAGGACUCUGGAAGGAAGCUGAAGCAUUUGAAGAAUUGGUGCGGUCUGAUACUUGCAAAAGCUUAGUUCACAUUUUUUUUGCUCAAAGAGGAACAACUAAGGUACCUGGGGUUACUGAUCGUGGUCUAAUUCCAAGGCAUGUGAAAAAGGUUGCCAUCCUUGGUGGAGGUCUAAUGGGCUCUGGAAUAGCAACAGCUUUAAUUCUUAGUAACUAUCCUGUCAUAUUGAAAGAAGUAAAUCAAAAGUUCUUGGAUGCUGGUAUCAAUAGGAUUAAAGCGAAUUUAAACAGCCGCGUUAAGAAAGGUAAAAUGACCCAGGAAAAAUUUGAAAAGACCUUCUCUCUUGUCAAAGGUUCCCUUGACUAUGAAAGCUUCAGAGAUGUGGACAUGGUGAUAGAGGCUGUUAUUGAGAAUGUUUCCUUAAAGCAACAGAUCUUUGCUGAUCUUGAAAAGUAUUGUCCACCUCAUUGUAUACUGGCCAGUAACACUUCCACAAUUGACUUGGACCUGAUUGGAGAGAAGACCAAAUCUCAAGAUAGAAUUAUUGGAGCCCAUUUCUUUAGUCCUGCACAUGUUAUGCCACUUCUGGAAAUUGUACGAACCAAGCAGACUUCUCCCCAAAUAAUAGUUGACUUGCUAGAUAUUUCAAAGAAGAUAAAAAAAACUCCGGUAGUGGUUGGAAACUGUACAGGAUUUGCUGUUAAUCGGAUUUUCUUCCCAUACACGCAAGCAGCUCUCUUUCUUGUUGAACGUGGUGCAGAUGUUUAUCAAAUUGAUAAAGUAAUAACAAAAUUCGGGAUGCCCAUGGGGCCUUUCAGAUUGUGUGACCUUGUCGGUUUUGGCGUGGCGAUUGCAACCGGCACACAAUUUGUUCAGAAUUUUCCUGAGCGAACUUAUAAAUCAAUGCUUAUUCCACUUUUGCAAGAGGAUAAGAGAGCUGGUGAAACAACUCGCAAAGGGUUUUAUUUGUAUGAUGAUAAACGCAAACCUAGUCCUGAUCCUGAAUUGAAGAACUAUAUUGAGAAGGCUAGGAGCACUUCGGGUGCUUCCGUUGAUCCUAAGCUUGUUAAGUUACAAGAAAAGGACAUUAUAGAGAUGAUCUUCUUUCCUGUGGUGAAUGAGGCUUGUCGAGUCCUUGAUGAAGGUAUCGCGGUCAAAGCAGCAGAUCUUGAUAUAUCUGGCAUCAUGGGCAUGGGUUUUCCACCUUACAGGGGAGGUAUCAUAUUCUGGGCUGAUUCUCUUGGAUCCAAAUACAUAUAUUCAAGAUUGGAGAAAUGGUCAGAGCUGUAUGGAGAAUUCUUCAAGCCUUGUGCUUACUUGGCUGCAAGAGCUGCCAAAGGGAUUCCUCUGAGUGCCCCGGUGGAGCAAGCUAAGUCACGGCUGUAGAAUCCAAAGAGCUCAUUAUAUGUUUUUUACUUGAUUCAAUUUUCCUUUCCCCCGUUAUUUCUCCUUUCCAAUAAUAGAAUAUAGUUGAGACUUGAGACUUGAGAAAGAUCUAAAUAAUGUAUGAUGUCAGAAUAUUUGAGCACAGGAGAAUUAUUUGGUCAAAAUAAAAGUACUAUAGGAUCAGGUAUUUGGGUUUCUUCCCUUACA